CCAUGGAGGAGAUAAGGUAGCCCCCCCCCUUCCCUGGAUCAGAUGGGGAAGCCCAGUUCAAUGGAUACAAAAUAUAAGGAUGACUUAUUUCGGAAGUACGUGCAGUUCCAUGAAGGCAGAGUGGACACCACCCCCAGCAAGCAGCAGCCUGGCAAUGAUGAGUACCUUCGGGUGGCAGCAUCGACUCUGCUCAGCCUACACAAGGUGGAUCCCUUUUAUCGAUUCCGGCUGAUCCAGUUCUAUGAGGUGGUGGAGAGCUCCCUGCGCUCGCUAAGCUCCUCCAGCCUGCGGGCUUUGCACUGCGCCUUCAGCAUGCUGGAAACGGUGGGCGUCAACCUUUUCCUCUACCCGUGGAAGAAGGAAUUCAGAAGCAUCAAGACCUACACGGGCCCCUUCGUUUAUUAUGUCAAGUCGUCGUUACUGGAAGAGGACAUCCGAGCCAUCCUGCAUUACAUGGGCUAUGUGCCUGAGUUAGGGACUGCGUACAAACUGAAAGAACUCGUGGAGACCCUCCAGGUGAAGAUGGUCUCCUUUGAGCUCUUUCUGGCCAAGGUGGAGUGUGAGCAGAUGCUGGAAAUCCACUCACAAGUCAAGGACAAGGGCUACUCCGAGCUGGACGUGGUGAACGAGCGCAAGAGCAGCACGGAGGAUGUGCGGGGCUGCUCGGAGGCCCUGCGGCGGCGGGCUGAGGGCCGGGAGCACCUGACGGCCUCCAUGGCCCGCGUGGCGCUCCAGAAGUCAGCCAGCGAGCGGGCGGCCAAGGACUACUACAAGCCUCGGGUGACCAAGCCCUCCAGGUCGGUCGAUGCCUACGACAGCUACUGGGAGAGCCGGAGGCCACCCCUGAAGGCCUCGUUGAGCCUGCGGAAGGAGCCCACGGCACCAGACUUGGGGGAUGACCUCAAGGAUGAGAUCAUCCGCCCGUCCCCCUCGCUCCUGACCAUGUCCAGCGCCCCCCAUGGAAGCUUGGAUGACCCGCCACCGCCCUCCCCCAACAACGGCCUCGGCCUGCUGCGUGGCACAUACUUCUCCGCUCAGGAUGACGUGGAUCUGUACACAGACUCGGAGCCUAGGGCUACGCACCGGAGGCAGGACGCCCUGCGGCCGGACGUGUGGCUGCUCAGAAAUGAUGCCCACCCCCUCUACCACAAGCGCUCCCCCCCCGCCAAAGAGUCCUCCCUGUCCAAGUGCCAGAGCUGCGGGCUGUCCUGCAGCGCCUCCCUCUGCCAGCGCUGCGACAGCCUGCUCUCCUGUCCCCCGGCCCCCAAGCCAGGCGCCUUCCCUGGCAAGGCCUCUGCCCACGAGAGCCUGGCCCACGGGUCGUCUCUGCGGGAGAAGUACGCGGGCCAGACUCAGGGCCUCGAGCGGCUGCCGCACCUCCACCCAAAACCCAAGCCCGCCACCACAGCCACCUCCCGCUGCGGCUUCUGCAACCGCCCGGGUGCCACCAACACCUGCACCCAGUGUUCAAAAGUCUCCUGCGACGGCUGUCUCAGCGCCUACCAUUACGACCCCUGCUGCAAAAAGAAUGAGCUGCACAAGUUCAUGCCCAACAACCAGCUGAACUACAAGUCCACCCAGCUCUCCCAUCUCGUGUAUAGAUAGACUGGACCCUGCACCCCUGCUCCAAGGGCUACGCCACUGACUUUCCGGUCCCCUUCCGGGGAAGAAGUGUUAGUGUACUGAUCUCAGAAGCAGAGACCUGCAUUUGACUGCGUAGGUGUCCGCGUAGGUGUCAGGGGAUCGUGGGCUUGGCUGCACCACGUGGGAGUUCACUUGGUGGCCCAGAUAUUUCAACUGACGGCUGCUUUAUCACCGGACGAGGGGGAGGGUGGCACUUCCGUUCAGAUUCAGUUUUGCUGAUCUCUCCACUCCCUGUUCUGUUGUUUGUUUUGUUUUCGAAGAGGAUUUCUAUCUCCGAGACCCCUGUCACACGCACCCCUCCCACUGCAAAGCCAACUUGGACUGGGAAGGGCCCUCCAGGUCACCUCCGAAUGCCCACCUGGAGCGCCGAGCUAGAGGCCUGUUGGCUUGUGAAAUGAGCCCUCCUGCCACACCGGGCCUCUUCCCAUGGCUCAUCCUUUGGCCACCCCCUUCCCAAACGCAAGGAACCCCGCCUGGACUCCCGCACCCCGCUGACUUCCGCCUAUGUAAGUCUCAUGAGCGAGCGGAGUCCAGUCGUCCCUGAAUGGCAUUCUGUUGCCACCACAGCUCGGUUCGGCCCGUGGUGUCCGUGCACUCUGCUCCGGCGCAUCCAAGUGUGGGCCUUCCGUGGCAGGAUGGACUGUUCCCCCUUUCUGUUGUUUGCACAUGUCCCUCUUACUGUACUGUAAAUAGAUAUUUUUGAGAUUUAUUUUUAAAUAAAUAUUCAACUUGCCGUGUGUUUCACAGUGGUUCAAACAUGAAUUAUGUAGCUAUUUAUACAAAUGGCCUGGGUUCUUUAGUCUUCCAAGGGAGGGUCUCAUGCCCUUCCGUGUUGUAUCCUACACACACCACAGCACGAGGGUGGAGCGGAGAGUGUGGGGGCAAAGGAGGAGCAGACGAUGUCCUGGAGUCGGUGGAGAGCCACUGUCUUCCCUACAAUAAAUCUCUAUAUACCUACCUCCAGCGUACCCUUAGGGGCUAGUGCGGGCCGGGAGGUCCGUGCGCCUGCGGACCACGAUAACCUAGUGACCUUCAGGAGCCUCGCUCUGCAGAUCGACAGCCUGGUCUUUGCCACUUGCUGCGUGUGAACCUCGCACUCCAAACGUCUUGAGUCUUGUUUCAGAAGGAAAAUCCUAUGGGAUUCCCCCCGCCCCUCCAUCUCAGCGCUCUUUGCCUGUUUCUGGGACUCCUCUGCAACAUCAGUGAUCUUUUUUGCACUAAAAGUGGGCCCGAGUCAGCCUGUGCCCAUCAAACGGAUGUCUCCUGAGAUACUCAGCUGAGCCUCAGCGCUUCCAAACCUGAAGACCCCUUUAACUCCGAACGACUGACCCCUGGAUUUUCCUUUUGGGGUGCAGAGCAGGAGUGGGGCAAGAAUUUGCAAAUAAAACCGCUUCCUUGUGAACUACUAUAUUUUAGCCAUAUGUGUUUGUGAUGUACAGAGUAUUACAGGAAUUUACAUGCAGUGGGUUUUCUGGUAGUAGAAGGAGGUAUUCAGCGCUUGAACAAAUUUCAAUCUGGCUGAAUCCUGAGGCCACUGUGAAUUUGCUGAUGUUCUUCCAACUCAGUCGAGUGAUUUUAAGGUUUUCCAGAUCUUCUAUGGCUCUUUUUUAUAUAUCUGGUAGAUUACAUGUAGAUGUUCAAUGUGUAUAUACAGCUGAAUUUCAACCACCUUUACUAAGACCAGGCCAUUCUGGGGUCAUCAUCUUCGAUGUUCUUCCUUUCCACAUUUCAGAAGUAUCGAUGCCUGUUUUACUCCUGAGAGGGCUAGUUUGCUAGUUUUCCAUUCCCAGAUCGCUCCAGCCUACAGGAACUUCACCAACCGUGAUGCCAGGUCACUUGUGCCCCCAGGGGGCAGAAGCAGGAGUACCCACCUCGUCUGGGAGAGAAGGUCCGGCACACAUGCCAUCCAUGGAGAUACCGUGUUCACAGACUGGAAGAGAAGACGCUCUGCCCCUGUCCUUGGUGUGUACCUUAUUGUAUGAGGUUGCUGUGAUUGAGCUGGAUAAAUAUAUGCUAAUUUAAAAAAGCAGAUGUUUUGCAUUUGAUUUCUACCAAGAGUUGAAAU